UGGCCCGUCGGCACGAGCGCAGAGACAGCGAAGAACAGCUGCAGAGGAGCUCUCCUUCAUUGAAUUACACCGCACAGCUAAAAUCACCAGUUCUCCCCGAAAAACAAAUAAUAUCGCAUAAACCAUAACCAUCCAACAUGGUUGACCGCGAGCAGCUGGUUCAAAAAGCCAGGCUGGCCGAGCAGGCAGAGAGAUACGACGAUAUGGCUGCAGCCAUGAAGUCGGUAACUGAGCUGAACGAGGCCUUGUCCAACGAAGAGAGGAACCUCUUGUCGGUCGCCUACAAGAACGUGGUAGGCGCUCGCCGCUCGUCCUGGAGAGUCAUCUCCAGCAUCGAGCAGAAGACCUCCGCCGACGGCAACGAGAAGAAAAUCGAGAUGGUGCGGGCCUACCGCGAGAAGAUCGAGAAGGAGCUGGAGGCCGUGUGUCAAGACGUGCUCAACCUGCUGGAUAACUUCCUGAUCAAGAACUGCAGCGAAACCCAACACGAGAGCAAGGUCUUCUACCUGAAGAUGAAGGGAGACUAUUACCGCUACCUGGCCGAGGUGGCCACGGGCGAGAAGCGCUCCACCGUGGUGGAGUCUUCGGAAAAGGCCUACAACGAGGCUCACGAGAUCAGCAAGGAGCACAUGCAGCCCACCCAUCCCAUCCGACUGGGAUUGGCCCUCAACUACUCUGUGUUCUACUACGAGAUCCAGAACGCCCCGGAGCAGGCCUGUCAUCUCGCCAAGACCGCCUUCGACGACGCCAUCGCCGAGCUGGACACCCUCAAUGAGGAUUCCUACAAAGACUCAACCCUCAUCAUGCAACUCCUGCGAGACAACUUGACACUGUGGACGAGCGACCAGCAGGACGACGACGGCGGGGAGGGCAACAAUUAAACGCAGACCUCUCUAUGUAGAAACACGAAAUGGCUGGUGGACUUUGGCAGCGGCUUUUGCCAUGGUUUCCUCUGCGGCAGCAGUUCUUUAUUUUUCCACGAGUUUAAAGAAAAAUUAUCAAGGGUGGUAAAGGGGGGGCUGAAGUCCUAGUUUGAAUAUAUACAGAAAUAUAUAUAGUUGAAUGGGCCUCCCUCUCCUUCUUGGUUAUCUUUGACAUUUGCCAAAAGCACUGAAAUGUCAGUCAAUCAGCCGGAAGUGGUCGUUGGUUUGGAAUGGCAGCCUCACACUGGCAUAUGGACUGAUGUAUUUCAAAGAGAUGCUGCUUAUUUAUGUUUUCGGGUAGUAGAAACGCAUUUGAAAAAGAGGGUUAGGUGCAUAUACGGAGGAGGAGAUUCUUGCGAAUGGUUCCAGUUUUAGUCACGAUUUGGUAGAAUCGUCUUUUGUUCAGUCAUUAAACAAACUGGAAAUCCAAUUAGCUAUGGAGGUGUGGUUUCGAUAAAUUAAGUGCUUUGACGAAAAGUAUUAUACAGUUAUCGAACCCUGAUAAUACUGGAACCAUUUUUUCAAGAACAGGUCGACGAGAAGGAAGAGACUGGUCUGUUAAAAAAAAAAAAACAUAAAAAAUGACAAUAGGAAGAGAUAUUGCAGCUUCAAAGUUUGUGGUUUACUUCUGUGUUUAAUUUAUUUUUGCACUUGCCAAGUAUACUGUUUUGUCAGUGUAUGAUAAUUACGAAGAUACUAUCAAUGAUUCAAUAUUGUGCAUGCUGGUGAUGUAUUUAUACAAUAGCUUGACUUUAUUAACUUAUAUCUUGAAUGUUACGUAUUACUAUCAUUGAAACGUAAACUGGCUUCAUAUUGUUUAUUUAUAAGUUAUCGGUUUUCGUUUUGAUUUGCUAUUCCAAAAUUGUGAUUGUUAACAAUAAAUUGAUCUGUUAUGGGCGUUGCCGUCG